AUGGAUUCUUUUCUCAGGGUGGUGGGAAAUCUCCUCCCAUACCAUCUUCUCUCCUAUAGUGCCCUCCUUGGAACCGAGCUCUAUCAGAGCUUCAUCAAUACAAAAAUAUGCUACCGAUACUUGCCUAUGAAGGAGUUCAUUGCCCUCCAAAAGGGUCUUUUCCCUGUCUACUUCGGUACCCAGCUCGGACUCACAGCAUUGACAGCAGCGACUUACCCACCAUACAGCGUGCUGUCACUCGUCAAAUACCCAUGGAGUGCAGCUCCGCUUGCUGUGGUUGCCCUGGCUGGAUCGCUGAAUUGGUUCAUCUAUGGGCCGCAGACGACGACUGCGGCAUUGGUCAGGAGGGCAUUACAAGAAAGCGAAAAUACCAAUCCCGACUCUGAUGGAUUGAAGCUGCAACGGGCUAAUCGCAACUUUGCGCGAAAUCAUGCGAUGACUAUUCAUUUGAAUGCCAUUGCAAUGGUGGCCACUGUCGUCUAUGGCUUCUCGCUAUCUGCGAAGCUUGUAGCUGGUGUAUAG